AUGGACCCGCCAUCUCCCCGCACGAACCCCUCGACCGGACGCUUCUCGCGUGCCGCGACGUUUAGCGAAGGAUUGGAUCAACGACGAAACUCGACACUCUCAGAUUCACUAUCGGAAGCCCGUAAUUCAAUCCGAUCAUCUACAGAUGAUCUGUUUCUGCCGCGAGUAUCUAAAGCUCAUACACUAGAAGAAUCGCAUUGGCACUCAACGCCGCUCGGACUGGCAUUGUUGCCUGCGAUCGCAGGCAUCUUCUUUCAAAAUGGAAGUGCCUUUGUUACAGAUGUUACUUUGUUGGUGUUGGCCGCUAUAUUCUUGAACUGGUCGGUUCGAUUGCCUUGGGACUGGUACCGAUCGGCGCAAGCAAUUCGACGAGAAAGUGGAAUUCCAGGUCCCGCCGAUCAACCGUUCGACUCAGACUCAGAGUCCAAGCACGACCAAGACAAACAAGAACAUGAAUCCGCUCAAGCAGCCAAAGAACUCCAGACCCACGAACUAGCUGCUUUAACAGCCUGUUUCGUCUUCCCCAUAAUCGGCACCUGCCUCCUCCACGGCAUAAGAAGCAGCCUGUCCCGGCCCUCCGAAGGCUUAGUCUCAAACUACAACCUAACAAUCUUCCUCCUGGCCUCAGAAGUGCGCCCAGUAUCGCACAUCCUGCGCUUAAUCCAACAACGCACCCUGCACCUGCAACGCAUCGUAGCAACAUCACCAGCCCCAGCAGACCAAACCCCAACAGAAGACAAAGCCACAAUCCCAGACCUGGCAAAGCGCCUCGAAGAACUAGAAGCGUACAUCGCCUCGUCGGCAGCGCAGCAAAGCCCGCCGCCCGAUCCGUCCGCGGACGAGGUGCGCAAAUCCAUGCAGCCGGAGAUCGAGGCUCUGAACCGCGCCGUGCGGCGGUACGAGAAGCGCUCUGCGCUCUUCGCGCUGCAGACGGAUCAGCGGUUCGGGCGGAUCGAGGCGCAGGCGGGCGAUGCGCUUGCGCUGGCUGCUGCUGCUGCUGUGCAGAGGCGGGAGGCUGCGCGCUCGGGAUACGCGCUUGUUCUGCUGGAGUGGUUUUGUGCUUGUGUUGUUGUUCCAGUGCAGGUGGGGGUUGCGGUGCUGGGGUUGCCUGGGCGGGCGGUUUCCGGUGGCUUGGAAGCUUUGAAGGGCUUGGUGGGGUGGAAGGUUGCUAAGUCUAGGACUAGGGGGAAGGGGAAGGGUGUGGCGUCGCGGCCUGCUGUGCGGCGGAGGCCGAAGGAGGAGUGGGUGGCGGGAUCGAGAGAUAUGUAUUAG